GCCUGAUGUAAACACGUACUUGCCUAUGAGUCAUAAUGUAAUUUGCAAUCGAAUGCACAGUUUUGCUCCUCAGUCAAUGCAAUGGGUUCCAGAAAUUCAAGUAGAGACAACGCCAGUGGUGUGCGUGAUGAUGAAACUGGUGAAAAUGAGCCAGACUUGCCAACGAUAUUGGCGUAUCUGUUACGCAGUGGUCAGCUUCGACUUCUACAGUCAGAUGAUGUCAUGGAUAGCGACUCGGAUAUGACGGAUGAGGACGAAGAUCUAGCUGAUAUAAUAGAUCGUCCACCAUGUUCUGCCCCGAAAACAGCUGCAGACUUAAUUGCUGACAGGCAAAAGAUUGAGGAAAGUAAAAUAAAUCAUGAAAUGGUUCUUACAAAUGGGAAAUACUCUACAAAACCCAGUACAAGAUACAGCGUACCAAAACUCUUACAGAUGCGCGAGGCUGGUCAAUGUGGAUAUAAUGGAAGGUUUUCACGAGGUGAUUGUAACACAGUGUCAUCGAGGUACUUGCCUAAUUUCAUGGCUGCUAUGGCAAGAUUCGGACACAAGGCGUUCUGCGGGACUCACUCAGAGGAUGGUAGUGUCUUUGUGACAGCAUGUCAAGACCAGCUGAUACGAUUAUAUAACACAACAAAAGGAUGGUUUGAUAACUUCAAAACAGUAGUUGCUAGGGACGUAGGAUGGAGUAUCCUUGAUACAGCAUUCAGCCCAGAUGGUCACUAUAUUAUUUACUCCAGCUGGUCAGAUUGCAUUCACAUUUGCAAUGUUCAUGGAGAGCAUAAUGUACAUGAUGCGUUGAAUCUAGAGCCUGAGGGGGACAGGUUUUGUGCAUUCUCAGUUCAGUUUUCAAGUGAUAGUAAAGAAAUAGUAGCAGGAGCUAAUGAUGGUUGUAUGUAUAUAUUUGACAGAGAACAAAACAAAAGAACAUUAAAAAUUGAAACCCACGAAGAUGAUGUGAAUGCUGUGGCAUUUGCAGACAGGACAUCUCAGAUAAUCUACUCAGGAGGUGAUGAUGGUAUGGUGAAAGUUUGGGACAGGCGGACAUUGAGUGAGGCAUCACCAGAACCCGUGGGAAAAUUAGCUGGUCAUAGCGAUGGCAUUACGUACAUAGAUUCCAAAAAAGAUAACUAUCAUCUGAUUUCCAACUCCAAAGAUCAGUCCAUAAAAUUGUGGGACACACGGAAAUUUUCCUCAUCUGAUUGUGUUGAAGCGGCGCGGCGUGCAGUGGCUCAACAACAGUGGGAUUACAGAUGGCAGACGUUCCCUCAGUCUGCCAGGAGGAAUCGUAGCAUUGCUGGUGAUCCAUCGUUGAUGACAUACAGAGGUCAUAGCGUCUUACAGACUCUAAUCAGAUGCAGAUUCUCACCUGAAUUCACUACAAGUCAGCAAUAUAUUUAUACAGGAUGUUCUUCUGGAGCAGUCGUUAUUUAUGAUUUAUUAACUGGUGACAUAGUAACAAAGCUCAAAAAUAGACAAAGAGCUUGUGUACGAGAUGUCUCUUGGCAUCCGUAUGAUUUCAGUAUUGUCAGUACAUCGUGGGAUGGUUCCAUCGGCAAAUGGGAAUAUUACAACCCACAUCCACCUGAAGGUAACCGUAGCACUUUUCAAUUUCCUCACUUCGACGGCGCUGAUGACGACCUGCGAGCAGGGAGACGACCCAUGAUAGUUAUCGAUAUUUGAUUUUUGGCGAGCUCUGUAAUGUUUUACAUGAAGAGUCUGCCAUGUGCAUGAACGUAUAUGGACAGUCGUAUCAAACAGUCGUAUCAAGUCGUAUCACGGUACGAUACAAGUUAUACUAUGACAGUAAUCAAAGUAUAGAGGCCAUGAAUCCUCGUAGUCUCGGAUAACAUCAUAUGGAUCUGUAGAAGUGAAACCUACUACUAUAACCCCUCAUUCAAUGUCACCGACGUCUGCAGAUAGAUCCAUGCUUGAUGAUUUGAAAACCAAUUAUGAUUAUUUACUUCGCCAUGAAUUGAACCAUUUACAUCAUAAAAUAAUUUGUUUUUUUCAAAGUAUAUUUUUGACUUAAUUUUAAUUUUAAUGUGUUGAUUUUACUUUGUACAGAAAUACAAUCUGAUUCAA